AUGGAGGUUUUGUUGUUAGAAUCGACUCCAAUAACCGAGAAAAGGUGGAAAGAACGUGAUGGACUCGUCAAGAUGUGGAUAUAUGGAACCAUCACUGAUUCUCUCCUUGACACCAUCAUUAAAGCCGGGUGCACGGCUCGAGACUUAUGGAUUUCUCUAGAAAAUCUAUUUCGCGAUAACAAGGAGGCUCGUGCAAUUCAGUUUGAAAACGAAUUGCGCACUUUAACGAUUGGUGAUCUCUCAGUACAUGAGUAUUGUCAUAAGCUAAAGUCACUUUCUGACCUUUUGACAAACGUCGACUCACCUAUCUCCGAACGUGUUCUUGUCAUGCACUUACUCAACGGUUUGACAGAAAAAUAUGAUUACAUCCUUAAUGUAAUCAAACACAAGUCUCCAUUUCCUUCCUUCACCAAAGCUCGCUCGAUGUUGCUUAUGGAAGAGAGUCGUCUCUCCAAACAAAGCAAACCAUCUUUGAGCAACACAUAUCAGCCCUUCUUACCAAAUGUUAUGUUUACGGUUCCUAGUCAGCAAGAACGUUACCCGCAAGAAUAUCACAAUAACAACAUGCGAUACAAUUGUGGUGGUAAUACUAGUUGUGGUGAGUAUUACCAUAAUAACAAUUCGCGAUUCAAUCCUUCAAGUACUUGGAUUUACAAUCAUCCUCAAUAUGCAUAUCCGUAUCCUCACGGUGGACAACGAUUCUUCCAUAACCAAACGUACCCUCCACAACAACUACCACUAUACAUGUCAACCACAUCACAUAAGAUGUCACCAACCAACAUACAUGGGACAUAUAAUUCGUACAUACCACCUGGUGAUGCUAAUGUGACUUAUAAUGUUCCGACAUCCAUGAAAGAUCAAUCGAUGAUGUUCAUGUCAUCUCAUCAUUCUCAUGUAUGUAAUACAAUCCCCCUUUCGAAUCCCACCGAAGAGACAUGGUACAUUGGUACUAGAUAG